UUCAGAUGGUGGCGGAAAUGCACUAAUAAGCUAGUCUGCCAACCGCCAAUAAACAUUAGAAGAAGAAGAAGAAGAAGAAGAAGAUGGAUCUUUUCGGGGAUAGUGGGCGUCAUCAAGAAAUCGAAAGUAUCGCUAAGUGAAAGCUAGUGCGCGAGGCACCUGAACGUCUGCUGCUCACAGUACCGCGAUUUCUUUGUCUGAAAAUAACGAACAUUUACAUUCAUUAUGUCCAAAACUAAUGUACUGAAGAUAAACUCUGAAAAUGCAGUCAGGAUAGAAAACUACCGCCAGUCACUGUAUAAGCAGGCAGAAGAGCUGUUCUCCAAUCACAUACCUCUGAAGAUCUCACAGCUCGACAACCUGCUGAAGGGGGAUGGCUUCAGUAUCACUGACCUCUCAUCUCUCCAUGCACCCCUGGACAUUCCCAUUCCUGACCCCCCUGCUCCAGAAGAUGAGGAGAUGGAGACAGAUAAAAAUGAAGAUGAUGAGAAAAAGAAGAAAGCUCCCAAGUGUGGUUUCAUCAAAGGAAAUGAGAGGAUUGUGAAGUUGCUGGAUAUUGUAAAACCAGAGAUAAUGGCUCUGAAGGAGACCUGCAUCACUGUUUCUUGCUGGAUUUCUCAUCUAAUUCCAAAAAUAGAGGAUGGAAAUGAUUUUGGAGUUGCAAUUCAGGAAAAAAUCCUUGAGAGAAUUACUGCUGUGAAGACCAAGGUGGAGGGUUUUCAGACCAACAUUAACAAGUACUUCUCAGAGAGAGGUGAUGCAGUGGCAAAAGCUUCCAAAGACACACACGUGAUGGAUUAUCGCUCUCUGGUGCACGAGAAGGAUGAAGCAGCCUAUUCCGAGAUUAGAGUGAUUAUGCUUGAUAUACGCGGUUUCUAUGCUGAACUCUAUGAUGUCAUCAGCAAGAACCUGGAGAAAGUGACGAAUCCUAAAGGAGAAGAGAAGCCCUCCAUGUACUGAGACCGAUGCUUACUGGGACCAGCGCAGUUCUACAACUAGACCAGUUUUCCGAAUUUCUCAUUUCUUCACAUGAUUUUUGACACUCUACAGCAGGGCUGUCCAAACUCGGUCCUGGAGGGCCGGUAUCCUGCCGAGUUUAGCUCCAACUUGCCU